UUUUUUUUCAACCCCAUCUUUCCUUUUCCUUAAUCCUUUCUUCUCUUUGGACGAAGAAAUUUGGGUAAUCAUUAUGGACCCGGAUUAAAACUGUAUAUACUAUUUGAUUUUCUUUUUGUAGGGGUGAUCAUCCAGAUACUCAGAAAUUGAUUAUUUCUUUUUUUUAAAAAAAAAACAUCUUUUGUUUUUCGUUGUUGUUGUUGAACAAUUAAUUGUAGAUUUUUAUUGAAAAGGGUUUGUUUGUUUUAUUUUAUUUUUUGAAAAAAAAUAAUUUUUUUUUUCUUUUGGUUCACUGUUGGUUUGUUGUGUUGAGCUAAUUUUGAGCGCUGAAAUAACGGGAAAUGUGGGUAUUUUUGUUUUUAAUUAUUUUAUUUUAUUUUAUUUCCUGGUGAUUAUUGUGCGGUGGGGCAAAACUGUGUUCUUUAUGAAUGAAGCGACACCCUCUUUUUGGGGAUGAAAUUAUGGGUGAUUGUUGCUGAGGAUUUUCAUCUGAAGACUGAGUUUGUUAGUUGAUUCUUCUGUGAUCAAUUGAUAAAUGAAGUUACUUUGCAGUUUUCUUCAUGUUGUUUUCUGUUGAUCAUCUUCUAAUAUAUUUGGUGGUAAUAAGCAAUUGAUGGAUGAGUGUUCUGGUAGAAGAGGUGUGGAUGGGGUGGCAGUCCCUAGAAAGGGGAUGACCCACGUAUUUAGAGAUACUGCUAAUACUAGAGAACGAACAGGUCAAGUUUGCAGCAAAUUGGGUUGCAGUAGUAGAGCCAAUAUUCCCAAAGUUGCUCAAGUCAGAUCUUCUGAAAAGGGUAAAUCUGUGAGGCCUUUAUUCCAGUCCUCUUCAACUAGCAAAGAAGAAAUUGGAAGUUCCUCUAGAUCUACUAGUAACCCAGCAAAACGAACUACAGAACCUCAGAAAAUAUUAUCCUCUCAGUUUGAGGCAGAUUCGCCUGAAAGUAGUAGUGUACAGGAUGAACCAGAAUCUUCAGAGCUCAUCCCUCCAUCAGAAGAAAUUCAGAGAGGGCCUAAAUCCAGGGGGGGAAGUUCAGACUCUAGUAAUGUGAGACUGAUGGAAGUAGGAAGCUCCAGUUCAGUAUCAAAUACUAGAUCUCAAAGGAAUUUAAAUCAAAGACCUGGACUGCGUGGACAAGAAAUCAAAAACCCUGGUCAUGCUGUUUCAAGCCGGUAUGGAUUGAGGAACAUCAGAUGCAACACUAUAUCUGAUGUCAUCCCAUCUGGUUGUUCAUCAUCAGAUUCAAGUCAUAAUAGAAGGAAGGAUACAAUAAAAAAGAGAGACGGUGAAGGGGAAAGUAGUUCCACUGUCAGAGGGAAGAAUAUCAUUGGAUCUUCACUGGAAGGACGGAAUUCUGGCUCCAGAAAUGGCAUAUCUAUAUCUGAUUCAAGAAGAACAAGAAAUACACUUUCUCACCGGAAUUCCAGUUUGGCACCAGUAAGAACUCAAAGAUCACUUAGUGGUCAUGCCAGGGGAAGGCUUUCUAGCCAAGGAAAUGAAAACCCUUUGGCAACCAGUGAGUUCCAACAUUCUGGUGAUGUUAAUCCUCAUGGCAUUUCAUGUCAGAUUUCUGUGGAGAAUCCUUUAACUUGCUCAAGCUCUUGUGAUUCACCAGGCAAUAGCAGUGAGGACUUACCUCUGUCUCCUCCGGCAGAAGACGACAUCACUGAUUCUCUAAAUGGGGACAGCUUUUGGCAUUACAGUAUGUCCAGUAUUGAAGGGGUAGUAUUGGCCCUUGAGAGGAUUGAACAAGGUGGAGAGCUAACCCGGGAGCAAAUUCUUAUGUUUGGGACAGACAUCUACGAAAAUGGAUUAAACUUUUAUGAUCACCACAGAGACAUGCGGUUGGAUAUUGAUAACAUGUCCUAUGAGGAACUCUUAGCCCUGGAAGAGAGGAUGGGAACUGUGAGCACAGCUUUAUCGGAGGAAGCACUUGCAGAAUCUCUUAAAAGAAGUAUAUAUCAGUCUCCACCUACACAUGACACACAUAAGAAUUGUAAUGAGGAUAAGGAUGACAUCAAAUGCUGCAUUUGCCAGGAGGAAUAUGUUACUGGAGAUGAAGUUGGGGACCUGCCAUGCAAGCAUAGGUUUCAUGUGGAUUGUAUACAGGAGUGGAUGGGGCUGAAGAACUGGUGCCCUAUUUGUAAAUUAUCUGCUGCACUGUCUAAUAAUUCAUCUUCACCUCAUUGAUUGCAUUCUUCUUUUUACUUUUCAUUUUGUACAAAAUACAGUUUCAGAUUUCCUCUCCUUUUCCUAUUGAUCAUAUUUACAUAGCCAAUAUCUUCAUCCGCACACUAAUAAGUUAAGCCACUGGGUUGAUGGACUUUGAAACUUCUUGAUAUGUUGCGGAUGAAAAUUCUCUCUUUUAAUC